AUGUGGCGGGUGGACGAAUGGAGCCGAGGCCCGAAGCUGCCAUGGCAGUGGUUUGCCACAUCGCUGACUCUGCAGUGCGCCGGCCUCGCAGCCCAGCUGCUGGCCGGCUGGACGGUGCUCGCAGGCUGCAUCCUGUUUGCUUAUUAUGCUGGCUUUGAGAUGAUGUGCCAUUUGUUUUACUACAGCGGUUCGGUGACCGUGAACAGUUCCACUGCGCUGCCCUCACUCUCGAUGGCCGGGCUCAUCCUGUGCUUCGUGAUGAGCGGAAAUGGCAUCUCCUAUGGCUACAUGGAAUUGGGCAGAUGGGGCGGCGUCUUCUGGGUGCUGGUCUCAGGGGUUGCAGGCUUCUUCCUGGCGAAGGGCUUCCUCGUGUACCUGGGAGUGGAGCCCAGGAGCUGCGCGGACGCGUCUCCGAAAUCUUCUGGAGGAAACUAUGCAUCUACGUCCCAGGCUGCCUGA